CCUCCUCCUCCUGCCCAGCCCGGCGGAGCAACGGCCGCUCGCUCGGCUGUAAAUGGUCUGUCGACGGCAGCAGAGGGCGGAAUAAGGAGCUCUGGGUACGGAAGGCUUACCCAGACGCCAAAACAGGAAAUUAGAGCGGAGGACCCAGUCUGGAAAGAAAAAAAAAAAAAAAAGAAGUGCCCUAGCACCAACGGCUUGCUGUUGGCUGAGGAACCUGCAGAACCUGUCUGGGCCUGCCAGAAACCACUGGCCCGCCGGAGUAAGACUUGUACUGUGCAAUGGCUCUGUUGACCUUGCACAGGAUCCCAUCCAUCUCCACCUCCCCCGAUGAAAGCUUCCAAAGAAGAGGACGACUUCAGAAAAGAGAGAGCUUUGCUCUCGUUAAAGGAGCUGUCCUUCUGCUGGAAGAUGACGAUGCUCGGGGUAUCAAACAUGACACUUCUUCCCAAGACGUGACUUCUCCUGUGAAAAAAGGCAGUGGAGCGUCAGAGACACAGCACAGACACCUCCAUGCCAUGCUUGAACAGCUCAGACCGGAAGACACCAUCAAGCUGGCGGUGGAGCUGGAGUCGGUCAGCACGGUCAGAGUCAGGUAUCUGAUCGUCGUCUCCACGCUGGCAAGCAAACAGGAGAGCAUUCUGCUGGGCAUGGAUUUCCCCAGCUCAGAGAGCACUCACUGCACUAUCGGCUUGGUCCUGCCAGUAUGGAGUGACACACAAGUGUAUCUGGACGGAGAUGGUGGUUUUAGUGUGACGUCAGCAGAGGACACCAGAAAUUUUAAACCAGUUUCAAUGCAGACCAUGUGGUCAAUCCUGCAGGUGCUGCACGGCUGCUGCGAGCGGGCAGUCAAAGCAGCCUUAAUCCCAGGAUGUGGCCUGGAGUGGGCCCAGCACUACGCCCGGCAAAUUGAGUCCGAUCGGUUCUGCCUGAACGAGUGGGAGGCUAUGAACGACCUGGAGUCGGUGCGAAGGGUCAGUAAUGGAGAAAGCUCUGUAGACAGAGUUUCCAAUGAAAGGCUCAUCAAAGAGCACCUGAGAGACAUCAUGAGGACCGAAGACCUGGACAACCUCACGUCCAAAAUGGUGCACCCUAAUUUGGAGUCCAGGAUAGGGUUUGAUAUGAGACCCUACAAGGAGUACAUUGAUAAUGAGAUCUUGGUUACCAUGGCUCAGAUGGACAAACCCUCAAAAAUAUUCGAUUACCUUUACCUGGGCUCUGAGUGGAACGCAGCUAACUUCGAGGAGCUACAGAAAAACAACGUCGGGUACAUUCUAAAUGUCACAAGGGAGAUUGACAACUUUUUCCCAGAAUCCUUCACUUACAUGAACAUCAGAGUGUAUGAUGUGGAGGCCACCGACCUGCUCUCUCAUUGGCCGGACACGUACAACUUCAUCAACUCUGCAAGGAAGAGCGGACAGGCGGUGUUGGUGCACUGUAAGAUGGGAGUGUCCCGUUCUGCAUCCACGGUGAUCGCCUAUGCCAUGAAGCAGCAGCACUGGUCUCUGGAUGAGGCGCUUUCUUACGUUAGGGAUCGGCGGUCCAUCGUCAAGCCCAAUGACGGUUUUCUGAAGCAGCUGCAGACCUACAGCGGUAUCCUGAACGCAAGCCAGCAGCGUCACAGCGCUCUCUGGAAGCCAAGACAGAAGUCAGUCCGAAAGAGCAAGGGAGAGGAGGUCGACAAGCCAGGAGGAGAGGACAAUGAUGAGGAGGACGAGGAUGAGGAUGAAGACGAGGAGGAUGAUGUCGAUGAAAAAGAUUCAGUCAGCCCGGAUGAGAAAAAUAAUUCAGAGGAAGAAGUGUUUGAAGAACCAAGUCCACAAUCUGACACCCUGCAACUUCCCAGGCAGGAAGGAGCAAGUCCCAUUAUCACUAUAAAUGAACCAGACAAGGUUGUUCCGAGUGUGAGCCGCAGUGGCAGGAUGAACCUCUUCUCCCUCAUGCAGUCCAUAAGCGAACUAGAUGACAUGGAUAACAGACACGAACCGCUUCCUGGCAGUCCGAGACGCUCUCCGAAGCAGCGGAGGCGCAGCCACGGCCGACGGGGGCUCACACACCAAAAAGCAUGCGUUGAUGUGUCACCAGAGCCGCGCUCCCUGCCAGACAGCGGUCAGAGCAAGCACCAAUGCGAACAAGGAGAGGAACUAUCAGAAGCACACAAGAGGGACAGGGAUCAAUAAAGGAAAUCCCAACGGUGAUGAACCCAGGAAACAUGCCAAGGAAGGUCUGUUGAAGCUAUAAUUUACGUUUCACCAGCCCUUCAUUGCACAUCUGAGCUCCUACUAACACCUGGUCUGAUGAGGUUCUUUCUGCAGUAUUGCUGUACCUGUGGCAGACAGGAUUCCGCAUAGCUGAUGUCACAGUCUGUCUAAGUGGUAUUACGGUUAUAAAGUGCUGUCAUUAUGACCAGAGCCUCCUUCUGCCCUAAUGGAGCUCUCCCUUCAACACUCCAGAGAGCUCUAUGCAAUACCUGUAAUCUCUCGUUCUCUGGCAAACACCGGGCAUCAAGCUCCCACUUCUUCGCAUCUUUUUCUUUCCAAAAGAUAUUUCUUGAUGUCUUAUGGAAGGAUUUUACUGUAUCCAAGCUGUGCGUUACGGACCACGUUAAAAAGCCAGUUUUAUGGCGCAUGCCUGAUUGCCAAACUGUUUUUCUACAUGCCAGUGAAUAUAUUUAAAUGAAAAGCUAAUGUAAGGAACAAUUGUAGACCAUUUUAUUUUUAUUCUAAUGUGUACACCAGGACUGCAUGAGUGCCUUCAACCUGAGAAUGACAUAUUUGCUGGUGUUUUUAUGUUUUUACUAUGAGGAAAUUGUCCCAUCUUGUAUUUUUUCCUACAGUGUCUCACUUGGCUUCAUCAAUGUGACUUCCAGAGAUUGUGCUUAUUUACAAUACAUAAAUAUCCGUAUAUAAUUGCUGGUGAUCUGGGUGCAUGUUUUUGUGAUUAUAUACCAGCCUGUGAGACCAAAUUGUUCAGGGUUUCUUUUGUGUGUGUGUGUGUGUGUUUAUAUGAACUUUUAUUAUCAGUUUAUUAUCCACCAGAUGCUGAUGUGGAAUAUUAUUUCAUGCUGGUGUUAUUGAGUACAACCAAGCUAAGGCGUAAUUCAUUAAACCUGCAUGUGCACAAAUUUAGAGCAUUUACAUGCACUUUAUAAUCCCACACUGUUCACACUGCCUGAGGCAGCCCUGCACUGUACCGUGAUUGGUAACUUUAAGUUGCACCCAAAGCUGGUCUGUUGUAAGUUCUUGGCUUUCUCCACCUCACUCUCGUUUACGAAACAUUCAGAGUGACAAAUAAAGAAAUCACACUCC